AUGGUUUGGAUAUGUGAAGAGGAGUGGGCAGAUGGCCCAAUGAAAAGGUGUGAGAGGUUGGAUAUAAUGGAUACGAAGAGAGCAUUAUCUAGCAAUAUUGUUAAAAUAAUCUUAGUGGGGUUUGAGUUAGAAUUAGAGCCACCAUCAAAUGAACCUUAUUUAUCAACUUCCCUUCAAGAUUUUUGGGGAAAUAGGUGGAACCUCACCGUAACCAAUACACUGCGUCUCACCAUAUAUAACCCUGUGAGGUCAGCAUUGUCAGAAGUUGUCGGGAGAACGUGGGCCCUACGUGUUGCCAUGCUGGCAACUUUUGUCGUAUCCGGUUUAAUGCAUGAGCUUUUGUUUUAUUACGUUAAUCGUGUGAGCCCUUCUUGGGAAAUGACGGGCUUUUUUGUGUUACACGGGCUUUGUGUGAUGGUGGAGAUUGGUGUUAAGAGGUGUUUGAAGGAUACAUGGCGGUUACCGGGCUUUGUUUCGGGCCUGUUAACGGUUGGGUUUGUGGUGGUUACUGCUUUUGGGCUUUUUUUUCCACCAAUAAUUAGGAAUGGUGCUGAUGAAAGGGUACUUGAAGAAGUUGGGUUUUGCUUUGACUUCAUCAAAGAUAAAAUGGUUCAAUUUGUUGGUUAUUUUAGAUAA